GGUUUUGAAGGGUUUGGGCGCAAUAUCAAUACCGAUACCCAACUGUUUGAGUUCAAAGCUUUUACCUUAGCCGUUGUUCUCUGUUCCUCCGAGUUCAUCUUCGUCUUUGAAGAAGUGAUUGGAACAGGCAGAGAAUAGUAUUAGAUUUAGAGUAGAUGUGGUAUCUCUGUGUGUUCUAUCACAGGCUUUUGGAUUACAGGAAGGCGGAGGUCGAAUCUCUGGCCGAGUUGUUUGGUGAAAAUGGCGACCACAAAGGGGGGAAGUUGGAAUGGAAGCUUCCUCUUCACCAUCACCCCGAUUCUCCUUUCCAUUUCGUCGACCUCUCUUCCGAUGAUAUCGCACGGAGCAUCGCCAAUCGAAGUAUACUAGUGAAGGGGAUGUAUGAACUCUGGGGCGUAGGAAGUGACUACGAGGAGCUACAGGAGUCUAUUAGAAACUUUCCGGAAGAACGGAAGUCCCCAUACUUACAACAGGGAAGCACCUUCAAGAUUUCUGUAGAGAGCUUUGGGAAGGCUAUCAGCUUCCAGGAACAAAAUGAACGCAUUCAGGGUCUAGCUUACAUUCCUUUCAAGGGUCAAGUUAAUUUAAGAAAUCCAGAUCAUAAGUUCAGCCUUAUGGAGGCGGCUGAUUACGGACUGAAUAAUGGACUUCCACCAGUUGCUCAAAGGACGAUUUUUUUUGGUCGGGAGGUUGGUGGUGCUGAUAGGAAGCUUAUACCAACAUAUCAGUUAAAAAGUCGCACUUAUCUUGGGCCAACUGCCAUGGAUGCUGAAAUGGCUUUCUUAAUGGCCAACCAAGCAUUAGCGACACCUGGGAAACUUGUCUAUGAUCCUUUCGUUGGCACUGGGAGCAUUCUAGUUGGCGCAGCUCAUUUUGGAGCAAUGACAAUGGGUGCAGAUAUUGACAUUAGGGUGGUACGUGAUGGUCGUGGCCCUGAUUGUAAUGUUUGGAGCAAUUUCAAGCAGUAUGGAUUACCACCGCCAAUUUCACUGUUAAGAGCAGACAAUAAUCUUCCUCCCUGGCGUCCAGGAUUGAAGGAGAUAUUCGACGCCAUCAUUUGUGACCCUCCUUACGGAGUACGUGCCGGGGGGCGUAAAUCCGGUGGUCGGAAAUUGUUGAAAGGAACUGUUGCGCCUUACACCGUUCCAGACGACAAGAGAACCGACCACAUACCAUCAACAGCUGCUUACAGCCUUGUUGAGUGUGUGCACGAUUUACUCAACCUUGCAGCCAAGAUGCUUGUGAUGGGUGGCAGGCUUGUAUUCUUCUACCCUGUGUUGAGGGAAGAAGAUUGUGUGUUUAACCAAUUCCCAGAGCAUCCAUGUUUCACAUUAAUCAGUUCGUCCGAGCAGAUAUUGAGCUCUCGAUACAGCCGGGUGCUGCUAACAAUGGUCAAACAUAGCUCGUACACCGAAGAAAUGGCAGAGGCAGCAAAGUUAAAACAUGAAGAAUUCAGGGAGAACCAUUUGAAGUGGUUAGAAGAUGGUAAUCUCCAUUCUGCAGUUUUCAGCCCCACCAUUGAUCCCCAGCUUGCGGUUGCUGGCAAUUGCAAUGCUACCAAAGAUCCAAAGCCGAAAUACAGAGGGAAGUAUGUAUAAAUGGAGGUUUUAGUUUAAUUGCCAUGGAUUUUGGUUUGCUGGAUGCAGGUUUCUUUUGGUAGUAGGAGUAGAAGAAAGGACCUAUAAUUAGAGCUUUUGGAGAAAAUUCUCCCAUGUUUGUUCCAAGUUUUUGUUUCUCUUUGAAUCUUUUGAGUUCACGUCAUGGGAUUUAAAUUAUAUUUUCAUUUGCUUUUUUUAAGUAGUUGAUGAACUCACUAAUCAUGCUUCAUUUGUCUUAAGCAUGUCCAAAUUCAAACAUUGUGAUUUAAAAGAUGACCCUCAUUUCAUGA